AUGAAUGAACCAAAGAAAUUGAUAUAAAUCCAAAUUGAUUUAGAACAUAAAAAACCUAAAAUAUAGAUUAAUAGAGAAAAUUUGGAUGAGGUGCUACAUGAAAACAAAUAAGCUUUUGUUAUUGGAAUACUUGGUCGACAAUAAAUAGGCAAAAGCACCUUCUUGAGGUCAAGUUUUGAUGUGAAGUUUAAGUCGAGUUCGUUUGAAUCAUAAGGAAAUCAAACAACUGAAGGUUUAGAUAUUGCUGUAAAAUAAGGGGAUGAGUUUGAUUUGAUCUUAAUUGAUGCUGAAGGCUAUAGGAGCUCAGAAAGUAUCAUGAAAUAUCAAAACCAAAUCUCUUGGACUACAGACCCCAGGCAAAAAAGAUAGGAAGCUCGAAAUCUAUCUAAUUUUUCAUCCGCUCUAUAGUCAGUAUUUCUGCUAGAAAUCUGUGAUAUUCUUUUAGUAGUCAAUGAGUACUAGAAUGAAUGGCAAGAUUUUGAAGAAUUUAUUGAAAGCUUUGAAGCGUUUGACAAAGAGAAAAGACUUCUUCCUCAAAUAAUUUACUUGAUAAAAGGGGCAGAUACAGUAAGCAAGAAAAAGUUAGCAAUAAAAAAUCUUAAAUAAGCAUUAUCAUACGAGAAUGCUGAUGAAGCUGACCCAUAAAAUUUUGAUAUUGAAAAUAACGAAUGCUUUAAUGACAUUAAUUGCUACUUUUUGCCAACUUACUCUGGAGAUGAUUCUCAUUAUCAAAAAUAAAAUGAGACUACUCUAAGUUUUAUCAAUUUCAUCAUUUAAAAUGAAUAAGAUAAUCUUAAAAACUAGAUAGAAUUGAAGCAACAAAUUUUAGCUAUAACUCAUAAGUUGAAUCAAGUAUUAAGAAUAUCAGAGCUUAAGCCAUUAAGUGUUUUUGAUUAUGUGAGUAUUCAAUAUGAGGUCCAUUUUGAAAAUGAAGAUUUUAUAAAGACUUAUAGAGAACUAGUACAAAAACUUAAAGUCAUUCAAAAUAAGAAAGAAUUACUAGAGCAUACUCUUAAUAUACUUGACAUACCUUCUAAACGAGAAAUUCUAUGGGAAUCGAGAGCUAUUUCUCAUACAAUGAGCGGAUUAUCUUUGGGUGCCUCAGCUGCUGGUAUAGGCACUGCAAGUGCAGCACUAGCAGGAGCUGCAGUAGUUCCUAUUGUGGGCUGGAUAGUUGCUGGAGUAACUAUAUCUACUCUAGUUGCUAAAAUUGCAGUUGAAUAAACCGUAUUAAAAUCUAAAUAAGAAGAUGUUGAAAAAGAAGUAAAAAUGGUAGAAGAUUUUAUGCAGGAAAUCAAGUAAAUUAUGGAAGUUCUAUAGCAAAUAAAGGAAAUAAUUGAUCAAUCUUCCAAUCUCAAGAGACUUCUUGUUUUUUUAAUUAUCAAAGCUAUCAAGGAGGAUGCAGAUAUUUAAUAUUCUAAACUCAAAUAAAAAGUUAUUGAGUAAUACGUGAAAUACAAUGAGAGAGAUUUCGAACUUUCAAUGAUUUCAACAAAUAUUUCAUCCGAGGAGUUCAAGUUUCAAGAUUUUGGAAGCUAAUAUUUUAGUACCAUUGGAAAUAAUCUUUCUAAUGGAGGAAUACAAAUGCUCUAGCAACUGUAAAGAGUAGAAUACUUGACAAGAAAUAGCAGAAAAAUUUAUAAAGUUUCUGAGAUAGGCUAUAAGACCAUUGGAGAGCUACAGACAGCUUAGAACCUUGGAGGAUUUGCUUCCAAAGCUACGGGUGCCGAUGGUUUAAGAUUGAUUGGGCAAAAUACCAAAGCUUUCAAAGAUGUUCAAAAAUUUAAUGUUGGAAAAGUUAAUACUGUAGGAGGAGCAGCCAAAGUAUCUCAAGGUUUCGGUUUAGCAUUUGGAGUCGUCGGCCUUGCACUUGAGACCUACUCAGUCUUUUAAUUUGAAGAUGAUUUCAAUAAAAAGGUUAAGCAGUUGGAUAGCUUUUAGUAAGCAAUUAAUGAACUUAAGGAAUAGUUACCAAAUGUUCUAGAAUUUAUUUCCAACUUUGAAUCUCAAGCCCUUUAAUAUUAACAAGAGUGA